AUGAUCGGCCUACUCCUUCCGCGGUCAAAACAAUCUUGUCAUGAGGCAGUGUCUUUUGGGACGGACACCAUCUUGGACGCUUUAGCGGCAGCUCCUGCAAACAUGACUGAUAGGAAGGCCACGAUACCGAACGGAAUAAAAUUCCUUUUCGGAGGUUCCGCAGGCAUGGGAGCCACUCUGUUCGUUCAGCCUUUGGAUCUUGUCAAAAAUCGGAUGCAGCUAUCUGGACUUUCAGGAAAAAAGGAGUACCGCUCAAGUAUUCAUGCCCUCACAUCCAUCAUACGAAAUGAAGGGUUGUUGGCCGUUUACAAUGGGCUCAGUGCUGGCCUUCUUCGCCAAGCCACCUACACAACUACUCGACUAGGAACUUAUACCUAUCUUUUCGAAGCUUUCAAAAAAGGGGAUGCUCCUCCCACAUUUGCGAUGAAAGCAACGCUGGGAAUGCUUGCUGGCGCUGUUGGAUCAGUGGUUGGAACGCCUGCUGAACUGGCUUUGAUCAGAAUGACAAGUGAUGGUCGAUUACCGCCGGAGCAAAGACGGAACUACAAAAAUGUCUUUGAUGCACUGAUUCGUGUGGUUAAGGAGGAAGGUGUACUGACAUUGUGGAGGGGUUGUGCUCCAACAGUCGUGAGAGCAAUGGUCGUGAAUGCCGCUCAGUUAGCUACGUACUCACAAGCAAAACAAGCCCUAUUAGAGACAGGAUAUGUACACGAUGGCAUAUUCUGCCACUUCCUAGCGUCUAUGCUUUCUGGGUUGGCUACGACUAUAGCAUCCAUGCCAGUUGACAUCGCCAAGACAAGAAUCCAGUCGAUGAAGGUGAUCGACGGUAAACCAGAGUAUAAAAAUGCACUGGAUGUCUGGGUGAAGGUGAUAAGAAAUGAAGGUGUGUUUGCAUUAUGGAAAGGAUUCACACCGUAUUACAUGCGUCUUGGACCACACACGGUCAUCACUUUCAUCUUCCUCGAGCAGAUGAAUGCCGCUUACUUCAAAUAUGUGUUAGGAGUCAAAGCCCAAGGGGCGCUCUAAGAUCAUUGCUAAUUUAUUCAAUUCUCCAAGAGCUUCUCAUCUAUAUAGCACUUCUAGGAAGAUGAUCUAUAAUGUAAAUUUCGCACUACUUACUUUGCAUUAGUUAGUUUUGUUCAACAACUUUCGUAUUUUGUCAUUAUUUUGAUAGGGAAUACUUUCUUUUACACUUGAUAAGGCGUCUUUUGACUAACUAUUAUGAGAAAGAAGAAUUGCAUGAUGUAGAUUUUGUUAUCUGUUUUAUUGCAUGCGCUUUUUGAGUCAAUAUCCUAUCCUGAUGAGACGAGAGAGAUCUGCAAGGUUUCUCUAAUACAGGUAGUCUGUUGUAAUCUCACCUGAUGAGUAUUUGUACUAUCUCUCUUCGUAAAUUUCUUUUGCUCUAGAGUAGAAAUAGAGUAGAUUAUAGAAUGUUUGCAUAUUGAAAUAAACGUGUUGUGAAA